GUUAUCAUGAAUUUGUCGUCGUGGAUUCUGUUAUUCAAUAUCGCCAAAAAAGCAUCCAUUCGAUUGCACAACACCAUAUUCAAAAGGGUUACUCGAGCUGCCAUGCAUUUCUUUAGCAUUAAUAAGCAUGGAAGCAUUCUAAACCGCUUUACCAAGGACAUGAGCCAAGUUGACGAGGUCCUUCCCGUGGUCCUGGUGGAUGUGAUGCAGAUUGCGCUUUGGCUAGCCGGAAUACUGAUCGUUAUAGCCAAUGUCAACCCGCUGCUGUUGGUUCCAACACUCAUUCUGUCCGUAAUUUUCUAUCAUCUGCGCAACUUAUAUCUGAAAACUUCGAGGGACAUGAAGCGCGUAGAAGCUAUAAAUCGAUCUCCAGUUUACUCGCAUUUGGCUGCUUCAGUGAACGGACUAACCACCAUCCGAGCCUUGGAUGCCCAGCGCGUUCUGGAGAAGGUGUUCGACAACUACCAGGAUGCACACAGUUCUGCAUUUUUCAUGUACAUAAGUACCUCGCAGGCAUUUGGUUAUUGCAUGAACUGCAUAUGUGUGAUCUACAUAUCGAUCAUAAUGCUCAGAUUCUUUGCCUUUCCUCCCGGCAACGGAGCUGAUGUGGGUCUGGUCAUAACACAGGCGAUGGGACUGAUCGACAUGGUUCAGUGGGGAGUGCGUCAAACCGCCGAGCUGGAGAACACCAUGACAGCCGUGGAACGAGUGGUCGAGUACGAGAGCAUUGAGCCGGAAGGGAUGUUGGAAGCGCCGGACGACAAGAAGCCACUCAAGACUUGGCCAGAACAGGGUGAGAUCGUCUUUAAGGAACUAAGCCUUCGCUACACACCAGAUCCGAAGGCGGAGAAUGUGCUCAAGUCACUCAGCUUCGUUAUACAACCCAAGGAAAAAGUGGGCAUCGUGGGUCGAACUGGUGCGGGUAAAUCCUCGCUCAUUAACGCACUCUUCCGGCUCUCCUACACCGAUGGAUCCGUGCUUAUAGACACGAGGGACACACGACAGAUGGGUCUGCACGAUCUGCGCCGCCAGAUCUCGAUUAUACCCCAAGAGCCCGUGCUGUUCUCCGGUACCAUGCGAUACAACUUGGAUCCCUUCGACGAGUACAGCGAUGAGAAGCUGUGGGGCUGCCUGGAGGAGGUGAAGCUGAAGGAUGUGGUGUCGGAUCUGCCCGAUGGCCUGGCCAGCAAAAUCAGCGAGGGUGGAACCAAUUUCAGUGUGGGUCAGCGCCAGUUGGUCUGCCUGGCCAGAGCCAUUCUGCGAGAGAAUCGCAUCCUUGUAAUGGACGAGGCCACGGCCAAUGUGGAUCCCCAAACGGAUGGCCUCAUCCAAGCCACCAUUCGCAGCAAGUUCAGGGAUUGCACUGUUCUGACCAUAGCCCACCGAUUGCACACCAUCAUCGAUUCCGACAAGGUGAUGGUUAUGGACGCUGGCCGUGUUGCGGAGUUUGGAUCGCCUUAUGAACUGUUGACCAAAUCGGACUCCAAGGUGUUCCACAACUUGGUCAAUCAGUCUGGUCGAGCCACCUACGAGGGAUUGCUGAAAAUCGCCCAAGAGGUUCGAUUCAAUUAG